GUCACUGGUCCUGUUAUUUAACCUGGGCAGGAACGGGUGCUUUUUCAGGAGGGAAACUUCGCCGGGGUUUAUCCCGAUUAAAAUAUACAGUUAAAUAAUACCAGUCAUUAUAGCCAUACUGCAAGAAAGGCCACCAGUCAUGUCAGGCAUUGCAUUGAGCCGGCUUGCUCAGGAGCGCAAAGCGUGGCGGAAAGACCACCCUUUCGGCUUUGUGGCUGUGCCGAUGAAAAACCCAGAUGGAACAAUGAACUUGAUGAACUGGGAAUGUGCCAUUCCUGGGAAGAAGGGGACCCCAUGGGAAGGAGGCUUGUUCAAACUGCGGAUGCUGUUCAAGGAUGACUAUCCUUCCUCGCCCCCAAAGUGUAAAUUUGAGCCUCCGCUCUUCCAUCCUAAUGUGUAUCCGUCAGGCACAGUAUGCCUAUCCAUUCUAGAGGAGGACAAGGACUGGAGACCCGCCAUCACCAUCAAGCAGAUCCUAUUAGGAAUACAGGAACUCUUAAAUGAGCCAAAUAUCCAGGAUCCAGCCCAAGCAGAGGCAUACACAAUUUACUGCCAAAACAGAGUAGAAUAUGAAAAAAGAGUUCGAGCACAGGCCAAAAAAUUCUCCCCUUCGUAAGGGUGAAGGCUCGGCUUCGGCAGAAGGAAUGGGUCAAACGCGGCUCACCUCCCCUAUGUUUCUCAAAUGAAUGUGCCCCUCUCACAUCGGGACUUGCUUAUAAGGACUUCUAUUUAAAACUCUGACACAUUGGGUGCCAUCCUCUUUUUUCCCCUAUCACCUACCCCUUUUUUUGUUCUUAACCUCUGGGUUGGCAUGUGGCAGGCGCUGGGAGGAAAUGGGUGCCUUAGCACCCCGGCCGCUUCCUUUUUAGCCGUAUUACUUGUCUUGUGGUGCGAGGGACAGCGCACAGUACCGGUUUCGUCAUCGACUCAAAAUAAGCCUAUUUUGAGGAAGAGAACGUCUUGGUUGUCUUUGUUUGUUUUUUGUUACAUUUUCCUUAAACUCCUCCCCUCUUGUAUUUUCCUUGAUUUUAAUUAUGUAAAAUUAGCUAUUUACUUAUGUCAGUAUUUCAACUGCUGUAUAAUGAGUGGCACUUUUAUACUGUAUCUCACUAGUUUCUCUAGAGUGCUCUGUCUGAUUCUCUUAUGCAGGUUUUCUAUUCAGCAUGCUGUAAUAUAAAAUAAUCUGCUGCCUUGGCUGUCUUUUUUGUUGUUAUUUGGAGUGUUUGCUGCAAUGUAAAAAAAAAUUUUUAUUAUGGCCUCGUCAACUCAGAAAGGCAGGUAGGCUUACUUCUGUAUCAAACUCUUUUAUGGUUAUAGGGUGCUUUGUUCAUGUACGUGUUAGAGUAAAUAAACAGUUUCUAUAAAGCCA